GAUAAAUAAUAUUCAACGUGUAAUAAUACAAUAGCGCUUUAUAAUUACGUUCUGCGUAAAUCCUUUAUUUAAGCAAAUGGCGACAACAAUCAAAGAACGUAGAUUUCCUGCUAUGGACACACUGGUCAAGUACGAUAUUCCAAUUUCGGUUACGACUCAUCCAGAGAAGGUACGUAAGGAACCAGCGAAAAUUGGUAUAGCUGCUUGCAAAAUUCCAACACCCUCAGCUCCAGCUGAUGCACGACGAGAAACCACUGAAAUUUUAAAUAGAAUUUUACCGCCGAAAGAAUGGGAGGAGGAUGAUCAGAUAUGGACUCAGCGUGUAUCAAGUACUCCUGCAACGAGAUUAGAUGUGAUAAAUUUACAAGAGCAACUUGAUAUGCGAUUGCAACAAAGGCAGGCCAGAGAAACUGGUAUUUGUCCUGUUCGUAGGCAGCUCUAUACACAAUGUUUCGAUGAAUUAAUACGACAAGUAACUAUAAACUGCGCCGAACGUGGAUUACUUUUAUUGCGAGUACGGGACGAAAUCAAAAUGACAUUAGCUGCGUAUCAGACAUUGUAUCAAAGUAGUAUCGCUUUCGGGAUGCGUAAAGCAUUGCAAGCCGAGCAAGGCAAAGAAGAUUUGAUUAAUACAGCCGAGGAAUUGAAAGUACAAAAAAUUGAGCUGGAGAGAAUAAUUGUGGAAUUACGACUCAAGUAUGAUCAAUCUGAGAAAAGAUCGGCUGAAUUAAGGGAAGCGGAGGAAAAAAAACAUAUGGAGGAAGUGCAAUUUCUUAAAAAAACAAAUACGCAAUUAAAGGUAAAAAUAUUUAUUCGAUUUUGA